AUGGCUCUGCUCAUCGCCUGGGUAUGCGUCGCUGUGAGCAUGGAGAAGGCGCUGGGGGACCAGGGCGACGGGCCGGACCUCUACUCGGAAAACAUCACUCGGAUCCUCGACAAGCUGUUGGACGGCUACGACAACAGGCUCCGACCGGGAUUUGGAGGCGCCGUGACCGAAGUCAAAACGGAUAUCUACGUGACCAGCUUUGGGCCAGUGUCGGAUGUGGAGAUGGAAUACACAAUGGAUGUUUUCUUUCGGCAAACGUGGACUGAUGAGAGGUUGAAGUUUAGUGGGCCAACUGAAAUUUUGAGAUUGAACAAUUUAAUGGUCAGUAAGAUUUGGACACCAGACACAUUUUUUAGAAAUGGAAAAAAAUCAAUUGCUCAUAAUAUGACAACUCCUAACAAACUUUUCAGAAUUAUGCAGAAUGGAACUAUUCUUUACACAAUGAGACUAACCAUUAAUGCUGAUUGUCCUAUGCGAUUGGUGAACUUCCCUAUGGAUGGACAUGCUUGUCCAUUGAAGUUUGGAAGCUAUGCUUAUCCAAAAAGUGAAAUAAUUUAUACAUGGAAAAAAGGACCUUUGCAUUCAGUAGAAGUACCACAAGAGUCUUCCAGUCUCCUCCAGUAUGACCUCAUAGGACAAACUGUAUCUAGUGAAACAAUUAAAUCUAACACAGGUGAAUAUGUAAUCAUGACAGUUUAUUUCCACUUGCAAAGGAAGAUGGGCUACUUCAUGAUACAGAUAUAUACUCCAUGCAUUAUGACAGUCAUUCUUUCUCAGGUGUCUUUCUGGAUUAACAAGGAAUCUGUUCCAGCCAGAACAGUUUUUGGAAUCACUACAGUUCUAACAAUGACCACUUUAAGCAUCAGCGCACGCCAUUCUUUGCCCAAGGUGUCCUAUGCUACCGCCAUGGAUUGGUUUAUAGCUGUGUGCUUUGCCUUUGUCUUCUCUGCACUUAUUGAGUUUGCAGCUGUCAACUACUUUACCAAUCUUCAGACUCAGAGAGCAAUGAGGAAGGCAGCCAGGGCAGCAGCACUGGCAGCAGCACUAUCAGCAGCAACUGUACCGGCAGAGGACGAGAUUGUCUCGCAUUCUGACUCCAACUGUAACCUGAAGAAGCGGGUAAACUCUGUAGCAUCUCAGACAGACCAGUCUCCUGAAGCCAGCAUAAUAUCAAAUACUGCAUCCCAGUGUCAACCAGUGUCUGUUCCUCCACCAGCCCCACCACCUGCUAUUGGAGGCACAAGUAAAAUAGACCAGUAUUCUAGGAUCCUCUUUCCAGUGGCAUUUGCAGGAUUCAACCUGGUGUACUGGGUUGUUUAUCUUUCAAAAGACACAAUGGAAUUUUUUGAACCUACUGCAAUGCAUCUUCGUAAUGACUAUCAGCCCAACUGA